AUGCUGCCGGUGCGGCUCUCUUCCGGGAGCUCCCUCGACGAGACGCGCGGGGCUGCCGGAGAGCACGCGCCGAGGCAGAACCCGGCGCUCCUCCGGCGCGCCUUCGCCAGCUCGGGGGCGGAGCUGGGCGCUCCAGCGGCGCAGGGCGCGCUCGCCGCGCUCGCGGACCCCGAGGACGCCGGCCCAGGGCGACGUGGGCCGUGCAGGGAGGGCCGCAGGGGCUGUUCUCGGACGUGGGCCGCGGCGGUGCGGCGGGCGCAGGAGGGUCCACGCGCCAGGCUUCCGGGCCGGCCGCCUGGGGACGCAGCCGGCCGGGCCGGAGUGCGGCUAGCCGAGUCGCCGAGGGGAAGCAGGAUCAGGCACAGGCUACACAUCCCGCGCAGUUCGGUGGAACUAUACAAGCUGUGCAGCACGGAGCCACCCCAGCGGUCAGACGAGGAAGCCGCCCUCGACCUGGUGCGCAAGGUGUUCAUCACCCCGUUUCAGAGGUGCCCUGCGCACGCGCAGGUGUGCAUUGUCCAGUCAGCGAUGGCCAGCGCAGGCCUCGGCGACGCCGCCCCAGCGAGGGCGCCGCCCGGCGGUGGCGGCAGCAGCAGCAGCACGGGCGGCGCGCCGCGCGCCGCGCAACGGCCCGCCGCCCUGGGCGCGCCCCCGGAGCACAGGCAGCGCGCCCCUGGGGCGCCACAGGCGCGCCACAGCGGCAGCAGCGCGGGCGGCGCGCCCCAGGCGGCCAGCGACUCGCCGCGCCAGUCCUCCGCCGUGGGCCGCCCGCAAGCAGGAAGCCUGGAGCAGGCGAGGAAGGUCGGCACGAAGAUGGCGCUGAGAUUCGCGGACAGCUGCAGACGAACCGUCGCCAAGAGCCGGUCGAUGGCGGUGGCGUUCGUGCGGGACCCGCGGAUCGUUGCUGUCUGGUACAAGGACAUUCGGGACACGGUGGCGCAUUUUUGUACCUGGGUGGCUACAGGGUUCCGGUUAUUCUGGGCAGAUUUGCGAACUUCUUUCGUUCUGGCGAAGCGUGUAUUACAAGGCUUUCCACUAACGGUCCGCCAGCGAAAGUUGCUCGUGCGCACCACCUCGGACUGCCUGAAGCUGAUACCGUUCUCUUUCUUCAUCAUAGUGCCCUUCGCGGAGGUGCUGCUCCCCUUCGCCCUGCGCCUGUUCCCGAACAUGCUGCCCUCGACCUUCUUUGACAAGAAGGUCGAUGACGCCAGUCUGGCCCGAAAGUUCAAAGCGAAGCAGGAGCUCGCCGAGUUCUGGCAGCAGGUGGUCGUGCAGCGGACGCAGGCGCCCGCGUUGGGCGCGCGAGGCGCGCGUCGGGCGCGCGCGGAGGCGAGGCGGGUGCCCGCGUAGGGCGCCCGUGCGGGGCGCGCGUGGAUUGUUUCUCACGCCAAGUCGCG